AUGCCAGACCAGCCCGCCCCAGAACCACCAACACCUCCCGGACCACCCAAACACAACAUCCUAAUCUCCAUCCCCCGCACCGCCUCCAACCUGCUAACGCACCUCCUCGCGCUCCCCUCCCAGCCCUCAAUCCUCCGCCACCCACACGACGGCUACUUCUUCCUGCCCGCGCUCGUCCACCGUUUGCAGCACAACACACUCACACAGCCGUACACCGAGUCCUUGGAAACCCAGUCCUCCCCGGAAACGCCCUCCCUGGACACCGCCCUCCGCACCUCCGCCUCAGCAUACGAAGCCUUCCUCCUCGCCGCCGACGCACAGGGCAAGGGGACGUACAUCAAAGAGCACGUGAACUGGACUUUGCGCCCGGAAAUCGAGUCCGCGUAUCUGCACCCGGGACAACAUUCCCCGCUUGACCCCAACCCGCCGCUCGACCCCGAGCAGCCACCAUUCAACCCAACGGCCCUCCCCACCUCCGUAUGGCGCCGCACCCAAACCACCCUCCUCAUCCGGCACCCGGCCCAGACCGUCCCAUCGGCGCUGCGCACGGCGCUCGCGAACGAAGGGCGGGCGCACGUGUUGACGCCCGAGAGCGCGGCGGUGAUGCGGUGGGAGUGUUCGUUCCGGUGGCACGUGCUGCUGUACCGGUUCCUGCAGGCGCUGUCGCGGGGCGGGGAGACCCCCCCACCCCCCUCACCCCCACCCCCCCUAAUCCUCGACGCCACCCACCUCCUCUCCCCAACCCUCAUAUCCCGCUACGCCCACCACACCGGCCUCUCCCCCACCCCCACCCUAACCUCCUGGCCCCCCGCCAGCGCCUCAGAAACCCAGACCAUGAGCCCCACGGAACUCCGCAUGCGGGACACGCUGCUAGCGAGCACGGGGGUAGUGGGCGCGAAGCUGGAGGGAGGGGGCGCGGGGUGGGAGUGGGAAGGGGAGAGGAGCGGGUGGGAGGAGGAGUUUGGCGGGGAGCUGGCGGGGCGGGUGGAGGGGUUGGUUAGGGCGGCGGUGGGGGAUUAUGAGUGGUUGUUUGCGCGGCGGUGGAGGGGGUAG